AUGUCCCAGUUGGCACUGGCUUCCCGACUCAAGCCUGAGAUUCGCCUGGCACAAGCAGUGUCGCUCUACGAAGCCGACCUGUCUACCGACCAAAAGAUGAGACUUCGCGAGGAGAGAUCUCGACUUCGAGAUACGCCUCCUGAUAUCACAGAUGUCAUGCGACUCACUGCGGAACUAGACCAAGCAGCAACAGCGGCAACAGGCAAAAGACGUUGCUCAGGACCCCGCAUGGUGAAUGUCUUGCAAUCGGUUCAGCAGUUUGCUGCUCUGGGAGAUAUAAUUAUAGGCGGCUCCCAGAAUCUCAUUGCUUGUGGAGUGUGGACGUUGGUUCGGACGUCUCUGUUACUCAUCUCCAAUUACUCUUCAUAUCUGGAAAGAUUGUCGACUCUUUUCAUGGAAGUCGGCCGAGUAGCUCCCCGCUACGAGAGAAUGGCAUUACUAUAUCCUCGUUCGAUGCAUCUGCAAUCAUGCAUGUAUGAAUACUUCAUUGUGAUUGUCAAUCUAUGCCACAAACUCCUGAAAUUUACACAAAAGUCGAGCCUUGGGCAGAUAAAAGCAUCAGUUGUCGACGGUGACUUGAAAACUUCACAAACCAACCUUGAGUUGUGGGCAACAAGGAUGAGAGACGAGGUGCAACUUCUAAUGGCCGAGGAAAUAGCUGAUGAAGCUGCAAAGAACUCAAAAUUCCGUGAAUUUUCGAGCGCGGUCUCGAAAUCCGAUUCUUAUAAACGCCAGCUCAAAUCACAUCUAAGGAUGCUUGAUUUCUGUUCCACCUACGAUCAUACAAUGGCAUGGAAGCAGAACCGAAAAGCUGGGACAACAUGUCUGUUCCAUGAGAGUGCUGAAUAUAGAAACUGGAAGAAUCAAUCAAGUUCUGGAACUCUCGUUUAUACGGCCAGCCUUGGGUUCGGCAAAUCAGUCUUACUGGCCAACCUAGUCGAUGAUCUCCAUAUCCAUGUCCAAGACAGCAAAGUACCGGUGAUCUACUUUUUUUGCCGCUACGAUAUUUCCGAAAGUCUUCAGGCCAGAACCAUCAUUGGUUCUAUAGCUCGGCAGCUCCUAGCACGCAUUCAAUCUCGACGCCUCAAUUUCGACUCUGCCAUGGCAGACUUGCUCAAUAAGAAUAGACUUGGCGACUUUGAUACUAUGUUUGCAUUACUGCAGCGUGUCUUGGUGUCUGAUUUCAAAGCCUACGUUGUCAUUGAUGGAAUUGAUGAAUGUGAAAGUUCUGAGAGACGAAUAUUGAUGGAAGAACUCAGAAGACUUCAAAACACAUUCUCCAUACACCUUUGUAUUUCCCUUCGACUGGAGCCCAACAGUCACUUGGAAGUGGACACAGACGGGUUAAUACAUGCCACGAUCACACAAAUCCCUGACAAUUCCUCCGAGAUUGGAGCUUUCAUUCAAGCAGAGCUGGAAAGCUGCAUCAGUUCUGGAAGGCUGAUCAUUGGAGACCCGCAUUUGAUUUUGGAGAUACGAGAUACACUUUCGCAGCGAUCCCAGGGUAUGUUUCUUUGGGUUGUGUUGCAAAUUGAGACGAUGUGUAUGAUGGACUCAGACUAUGCCAUUCGUCAAGCCUUGGAGAAUCUCUCUCAAAAUCUUCGCGAGACAUUCUCUCGCAUUUUGCAGAGAUCUGAGAGGCCCGGAGCUCUGAACCAACGAGCUAUACUAGAGCUUAUCACCGCCGCCCAUACCCCAUUAACUACUGAACAAAUCCGAGAAGCAUUAAGCGUGGUUCCCGGCAAUAUCGUUUGGGAUCCAUCGAGACUCCCAAAUGACAUAAAUGCUACACUCUCAUGCUGCGGGUGCCUAGUAAUCCUGGAUGAGGAGGAACGCACAGCUCGACUUGUGCAUCCCAGCUUUAGACAGUUUGUACUAGACGAGCCCGAAUAUGUCAACCUUGAGCAUGCACACGCACGCAUGGCCGGUAUUAUCAUCACUUACUUGAGCUACAACGUGUUCGGAACCCAGCUGUCAACGACAGUUAUCCCCAAAGUUAAAGCUGGCUCAAUCCCCGCGAAGAUAGCACAGGCUGCUUUGCCAUCUUCAGGAAACAUUCGGAGCCUUGCACUUAAACUUCUGAGAUCUACAAAUAAAAACGAGCUGGACUUUAGAAAAUCGCUCGCGCAGGUCAGGCCAAGACACCAAACCUCGAAUCAGUUUCAUCUUCGCAGCUAUGCAAAGCUUUAUUGGUGCUCUCAUCUUCUCAAAUUCAGAGGGUUGGAUCAAAGAUUGAGCCAACUUCUAGUCAGUCUUCUAGAAGCGAAGCAGCUGUCUCCGGUCUCAGAAAGUCUUAGGUCUUUUCCAAGUCACACCCUACUAUAUGGAUCCGUGGAUUCCAACCUUACUCUAGGAUUCUGGACAAACAGAUACCCUUUCGAGCCCCCUGUACUCCAUCUUGCCGUUGUGAGCGGACACGAUCUACUUGUUGAGGCAGUGAUCAACCUUGGCGACUGCGAUAUCAAUUUCAAGGACCCUACGGGACAAACUGCCAUUCAGCUAGCCGCGCUGACCCGGAAUCUCAAAACUUUCGAGUAUCUUCUUAACAUGGAAAGCCUUGACGUGUCCUCCGAAAACUGGCUUGGACAUGCACCACUACACGCGGCGAUACUUGACCCAUCUGAAGACCUUAUCAGGAUAAUGCUGAUGUCCAAAAAGUUUGACGUCAAUAUUCGGGAUAUCAUCAAUAACAACACUGUUUUGCAUAUGGCCGUAGGUUUUACAAAGGUUGACCUGAUAGAGCUACUUCUGGAGUCAGAGUCAAUUGAUACCAGCAUCCUAGACGACGACGGACGAGCCCCUAUUCACCUUGCAACUGCUUUGAAGAAUUUCGAUGUUAUGAGAGUUCUCAUUGGGUCCUCCAAAGUCGACAUCAACCAGAAAGAUGGCCGCGGAAGGGCUGCAAUCCAUACCGCAGUGGUGCAUGUAGCACACUGUCGCUGGGAGUCUAUGACACUGAAAGUACUUCUGGCCUCCGAAAGAAUUGAUGUCAAUGCGAAAGAUUUGACCGGAUACACGGCCUUGCAUGUCACAACAAAAAUGGCAUGCCUCCCUAUCGUCGUACAAUUACUCGAUUUCAGUGGAACUGACGCCAACGCGCGAUGCAAGGACGGAACCGCACUUCAUAUUGCUGCAUCCAUGAUUUGGGAGGAACUUAAGAGGCAUAGGCUUGAUGAGGUAAAUCAGGAAUACUCGAGAUCUACUGAGCAUUUGAGAGACUAUAUCCAAGUCUUUAUGUGGCUAUUAAGGUUUGGAAGGGUUGAUACUACCUUGAGAGAUGACCGAGGACUUACUGCAGAGGAAUUUCUGGCCAACAAGGGCAUUAAAAUGGAACAUCUGGCAAUUUGGGGGUCUAAGCAUCCCACAUUGGGGUCCAUAGAUUUUUGA